AUGAAGUACGACAGCGUUAUCAUCUUUGGACCGACGGGAGGAGUUGGCGGUGGUGCGGCCCUGGAAGCCCAUGCACGCGGCGCCAAAGUCUGGCUCGCUAUGAGAGACACGAGCAAGCCCAUUGCAGGCCUAACCCCAGAACAGGAGGAGAAAGGCCGCUACACUCGCGCCCAAGCUGACCUCUCAGACCCAGCAUCGGUAGCAAAUGCCGUCAAGCAAUCCGGUGCAAAGGCAGCCUUCACUUAUGUGCAACGCGGGCCCGGAGUCAUGAAAUCCACUGUCCAAGCCAUGAAAGACGCUGGGGUUGAGUAUGUCGUCCUCCUCUCCUCGCGUACCGUCAAAGGGGACCUGCGCACCAUCGAGCCCAACGAUUUCAUCCCAUUCUACCAUGCCCAAGCCGAAAUCGCGAUCCAAGACGCCGGACUAGCGCUGACGGCGGUGCGUCCAGGUGUCUUCGCAAGCAACCCGGCAAAAAAACGAUCUGGACAAAUCCAAAUCGCCCCUGCAAGUCCACCUCCUUCCGUCCUCGUCGAUCGACCAUCCCAGUCUCAGACUGAGGUUAUCUACCUCCAUGGGCCUGAGAUCAUGACGCACAAUACCCUUUGGGAAACCAUCCAGGGAGUGACAGGAGAGCCGAUCGAGAUUAACCACAUCACCAAGGAGCAAUACCUCGAGCUCGCGAAAGGGAAGGUCCCGGCCCCCGUUGCAGAGUACCUUGCCAGGAUACUUGAUCAAGGAGAUAUAAGUGAUAGGUUUCCUGAGGAGUUGUAUGCGGUGGCUUCGAAGAACGUGAAGACGUACACCGGGAGAGAUCCAACAUCAUUUGCUGAGUAUGUGGCAAAGCAUAAGGAGGACUUUGCGCCGGCGAAAUAA